UACGACGUUCCGCUUCCUCUCCGCCAGGUUCCUCCCCGGGCCAAGCAAAAAGGCUCAGGCUCAGAGUACUCGGGGGGAGAGAGACAGGAUUAAAGUGUUUGUGAUUAAAACAGGAUAGCGAAUUUUUCUCUCCAUAUCUUGAGGGAGGUUCGUGAAAUCUCAGCGUCAAAUCUGGGCCUUUAAACGGAGUGAAAACCAGCAGAGACGGGGCGGAGUUUCAGGAGUUUGGCCAGAGUGCGGUUGAUUUUCUGCGGUUGACAGCAACCGAUUGGACUCAUGCCCUCUGGGUUCCAAAAAUCUGCCUGCAUAUGCUCCACAUCUGUAAAUCUGGCUGUGAUUCCUGAGUCUGGACUGGUAAUCCUGCAGCUGCACUGCACCGGUCAUUCAUGCACAAGACCCUGAAACUAACAGACUUCGACUGUGAGUCCUGAGGCUGUUUUUGUACCUGGUCCAAACUGUAGAGUCAAGUUCUGACAGUGACGUGGGACUUCGGGUUGCCAGGUGUACGUGUGUGUAGAUGUGUGACAGCGGAGUGUGUGAGGACAAGCCCCCCGCCCCCCCUGUCAGGAUGAGCAGCCAAGGAGGAGGAACCAAGGACGCCCAGUCGGCCAAUCACAGCUCUCGGCCGCUGCCGUCUGUACCAGAAGAGAGGAAGUCCAGAAAUAAGAUCAUCUCCAUGUUUGCCUCUGAGAAAGGAGGCAGGAAGAAGGACCGCGACAAGGACAGGCCUGAGAUCUCUUCCCCGUCAGACUUUGAACACACAAUCCACGUGGGUUUUGAUUCUGUCACUGGAGAGUUCACUGGCAUGCCGGAGCAGUGGGCCCGUCUCCUUCAAACCUCCAACAUCAGUAAAUCAGAACAGAAACAGAAUCCUCAGGCUGUCCUCGACAUUCUCAAGUUCUACGACUCCACCAGUGGAAAACAGAAAUACCUCAGUUUUUCUGCCUCUGAUAAAGACUCUCCGUCGCCAGGUAAGGAGGGCACAGCGACCUCGCCGUCGGGUCGCAAGGAUGGAGACGAUGAUGACGAUGACGACACACCACCUCCGAUUGUGGCACCGCGGCCAGAACACACAAAAUCAGUGUACACGAGGUCGGUGAUCGACCCUCUCCCAGCUCCAGAGGUAGACGGCGCCUCGAAGGCAGCGGACAGACAGAAGAAGAAGGGAGGCAAGAUGACCGACGAGGAGAUCAUGGAGAAACUCCGAACUAUUGUCAGCAUCGGCGACCCUAAGAAGAAAUACACUCGCUAUGAGAAGAUCGGCCAGGGAGCAUCUGGCACAGUUUACACAGCCAUAGAUGUUGCCACAGGACAAGAGGUGGCCAUCAAACAGAUCAACUUGCAGAAGCAGCCGAAGAAAGAGCUGAUUAUCAACGAAAUCCUGGUCAUGAAGGAGAUGAAGAACCCCAACAUUGUCAACUUUGUAGAUAGUUUCCUCGUAGGAGACGAGCUCUUUGUGGUGAUGGAGUACCUGGCUGGUGGCUCUCUAACUGAUGUUGUGACUGAGACGUGCAUGGACGAGGCUCAGAUCGCCGCCGUCUGCAGAGAGGUCCUCCAGGCUCUGGAGUUUCUUCAUGCCAACCAGGUCAUCCACAGAGACAUCAAGAGUGACAACGUGUUGCUGGGGAUGGACGGAUCAGUCAAACUCACUGAUUUCGGCUUCUGCGCCCAGAUCACCCCCGAGCAGAGCAAGCGUAGCACCAUGGUGGGCACCCCGUACUGGAUGGCUCCAGAGGUGGUGACCAGGAAAGCGUACGGGCCCAAAGUGGACAUUUGGUCUCUGGGGAUCAUGGCCAUCGAGAUGGUGGAGGGAGAGCCUCCAUAUCUCAACGAGAACCCUCUCAGGGCAUUGUAUUUAAUCGCCACCAAUGGGACUCCUGAGCUGCAGAGUCCAGAGAAGCUGUCUCCUAUCUUCAGAUCCUUCCUGUCCCGCUGUCUGGAGAUGGACGUGGAGAAACGAGGAUCAGGCAGAGAACUGCUGCAGCACCCAUUCCUGAAGCUGGCCAAGCCUCUGUCCAGCCUCACCCCGCUCAUCCUGGCAGCCAAGGAGGCCAUGAAGAGCAACCGCUAAAUCCCAGUCUCUAAAGACUAAUAAGAGCUGACACCAAAGACAGCCGAACCAGCCGACAUCUCCUCCUGCUCUACGUAUGAUGACCAUCAGCACUCUGCUGGUGUUUGUGUUUUUUUUCAAAGGGUCACAAAAUGCCACUCCGCCCCUCCCCCCAGUGUUUCUGUACUGAUACAAGAGUUAUUCUACCUUUUGUGCCUUAUUCUUAAGCCUCAUACAGCCAUAAUGUGUUUUGUGUUUGUUGCAGCCAGAACAUCUGAGUGUGUUGUUCAUGUUGACAGUGAUAACUACGGUAUGCAUAUCAGGAAUGUUGUUUCCCUGUUGCCAAGGUUCAAGACUCUUUACACAUCAAGGGUGAUAUUUACACAAGAUCUUAUCUUAUCAUGACGUGUCCUCCUUAAAGACGCUGAAAAAUUCUAGCUAAGAGUUUCCUCUGAAACUGUUGCUGUGAGAAGAAGAAGAAAUGAGGGACACUUAAAUUAAGAGAAGGGGAACCGUUGACCCUGUUCCUAUGGAUGACAUCAUGUUUAAUGGAUGAACUUUCUCACUAUAUCUGUACUGAUUGGUUUACAGGUGACUGGUCUGAGUUAGAAAAAUAAAAUUUUAAAUUUAGGAUUACAGCAAAGAUAUUUCAAGUUCUUCAGGGCUGCAAACUGAAUUUUCAAGUGGUGCCGUGUUGUGGAAACCACCAUCUGGUUUUAUGUGUCGUUUUGGUUUGUUGGUUAUCUCAAGAUGUGCUUUUGUAAGUUAGAUACUUAACUUUUUGGUGCAUUACCUGCAGCAGGUAGUGACUUAGAAGGUAGUUUUAGUGCUGAGUUGUCAAGACAGCAAGAGUUUUAGAGGCGUUUUUCACUCGCACAUGACAUGCAGCAGAUAGACUCUUAUUAUAAUCCAUGCAGCUGUCUGAACCGGCUCAACGCAGAAUCUUGUCUCAGCUGCCUUUCACAUAAAUGCAAACUGUAGCGCUACUACACUUUCAAUGGGGUUUUUUGCAAUACACCCGUAAAUGUGAGGUUGGUGCACAAUAAAAAGGCACAAAAAAGCACUGAAUAAAUAUAAUGAUCUACAUUUUGCAACCUAGGCUGAGGAGAAGCAGCCCACUCUGCUCCACAGCUUUUAAUCCCACAGACUCUCCCUUAAUUUAUGCCCAGAAAUUAGGCGAGAAACUUCUUAUUCUUGAGAUUCUUGAGGAGAUGCAGUGUGACCUACACUUUACAUUUGCUGCCACACGCUGCACACAAAGUUUGGCUGCUCCUUUUUCUGCUUGAUACUUGAUAAAUUUGCAGACCUGGUCCAGACACAGGCUCUAACUUAAACAAAAAUGUCCCCAAAUCAAAAAUACUAUUUUCUUUUUGGUGUAGUUGUUCAUGAAACUGCUCACAACAGAGUAUGUGGAUUAUUGUGAUCCACAAGCAAAGUGCCAAAAACUCUGUUAUAUUGAAAAGAAGGCAGACAUCUUUAUGGCUCAUACCUCCACUCACACCUUAACAAUCUAGGUUGAUGAAUAGAAUGAAAGGUAAGAGGGAGAAUGCUUAUUUCUGAUUUUGGGUCGAACCGUCCCUUUGAAGUUGGGACUGACGUGACCUUUCAAUUUAAGUUUUUUUCUCUUAGCUUUAGGAUAUCUUGUGAAUGAGGAAGUCUUUCAAAAAGUACCUGAUUUUCGUAUCAGAAAAAAAAGUUUUAUGAACUUUCUCACCAUGAGAUGAAGAUUGUGAGGAUAUUUGGUGUUUGUGAGAGGCUUGAACCUUUGCAACUGGUUUCUAUGGUUGCUGUUGCCAUGGUUUCACGUGCAUUCUGUCGGGGUCCAGUAGUUUUGAAAGUGGCGUGGAAAACUAAAAGUCUACUGUGUCAUGGGACAGUGCGGUCUUUGUGCAGCAGGAAAGCCAUAUCAGUAUGUCACUGUCUGACCCUGCAUGUCACUGGAAAUCAAACCGCUCCUGUUUAUAGGAAUGGAAUUCAACAUUUUGUACAUGAAAAUCUCUGAAAAAAUGUCCUUAAUUUUUCUGUUAUGGGUUUUAUCCCUCUGGUGGCAGCUUCAGGUGCUACCAAACUACAUUAUCGUUAACUUUGGCCCAGACCUCACCAACUGCUAUCAGACUCUCUGCAGGCUCUUCUUCAAACUAUGCAAAACCAUCCCAACUGAUGUUUAAAGCAGCAUUUCUAUCACUAUGACAUUUCUUCUUGAUGAUCUGUUUGUCUCUAGCUGUUGGUGCGAGUACAACACAAAUACUGUAUGAAAAUGUCUGAAUGUGUCAAACUGGAGGAAGACUUUCCAUUUCUUUGUAUAUUAUGUAUUUGGUGAUGUCCUGUAUUUUUUAACAGCUUUUAAAAAGUGUGUAUAUCAUUGUUUUAUAGUUGUAACUAACACAACAGAGAUUUUUUUUGUCUUUUUGUGUACCAUUUCAUCCACAGUUCCCGUAACUGUGUAAUUAUGGACUUCAAACCAUGAAUUGUAUUGAUAAGCCUGAGACAAUCGAACCAGAUCUGAGUCGAGCAGUAUUUGGAAAUUAUUUUUUAUCCUGCUUGGAGUAUCAAAUGAGGCUGGUUAAUACCUCAUUAUCCACUAAGUUUAGACAAUCACUGUAAAGCAUUUAAAAACAUUUACUAAAUGUGCCUUUAACAGAUGCACGAUGCAGUAAAACCCACUCGUAUGGUACCCAACAGGUUGACACACAUGCUGAGUACCUGCAAAUAUUGUGAACAGGCUGGAAAACACAGUUGCUUCUGACCACAACACACAUUCAAGGUAAACCUGUAAUAUGAACGAUGGAAGAGUUUAAAAUCAAUAUGUUGUUGUUAAUCAUGAAACCAACAACUCCUGACAUUUGAAUACCAUCCAUACAGUAUGUAAAUUAUUAUUAAAGCUGGACCGAAACAG